AAUGUGAACCAUGAUGAUCUAGCAGAGAGCAUUAUAAGAACGAACACAGGUUGAUGAACCGUUCGGAAUGCAACAGUACAAACUAUCAAAGCAUCCGUGGCCCUGUAAUUCGUCCUGUUCAAGAUGACAUCGCGUUUCUGCACGCAAAAUGUAUCUCUGGAACGUGCUGGACAUGUGGCAGCAUCUUUGGCCGCGCCUUUGUCUUACCACCAUCCACCAUGUACUUCGCUAUUCUCCCUUGGGGGGCAAUCGUCGGCUUCUUGUUCGUAGCGCUCUCCGAGAGUGUAUGCAGAGCUGAUUCCAACUCGGAGUCUAGCCUCUCUGGACAUCCAUACACUGGUACAGGCGAUUGGCUCCGAGCGACUAGAAUUGAUGAGUUAUUGCACUAUACCUCCAUCUUUGGGGAUGCAAAGCAACAAAUUCUCGGCACCGUGCACAGACGCCUCGAGCAUUCUGAUUUUGACUUCUGGAGCAAGGCAGAAUCGAUCGGCAUCAAGUUACAAACGUAUACAGAGAACCUUUUGAAGGAAGCGGCAUCGCAGGUUUCAUUGGCAUCUGAACGCACUGAAGCUGUAAAACGUACAAUGCAUACGCUCGUCGCUGUUGCAGCGGACUUCGAGUCAGAUGUGAUUGCUCAUACCACAGACGGUACAUCGUUGGCCAUAAUCUCUGAGGACUUUGACAACGCCUUCGUUCCAAUUAUUGGGGAGCUCCACAAGAUAUUCACCUCCUCGAAUGAAGCACCGACUCAUGACGAGCGAAAUCGCACUGUCCACGAUAUCCUCGAGAGGGUGCAAUGGGCGAUUGUUCGAGUCGGUAUUCAGCAUGGUAUGAAGGAAGAACUUCUGAAUACGCAUGUCAACGAGAUUCGGCCGCAAGUAGAGAGGCUUGUGGUACUCAUCGGGGACCUGUCCGAGCAAUAUCCGGCCUUAUGAGACACAUUAAUAUUCACUGCCGUUGGUAUGCUGAUUCCGGAGUCGUGGAUCCUGAAACCUCUGCUUCGAGUGUUCGGCUUCGGUCCAGCAGGCCCAGUUAAAGGCACUCCAGCUGUCUGGUCUCAACGAUAUUUCUACGGCGGCGCAGUGAAGAAAGGUGACUGGUUUUC